AUGGCCCGCACCAAGUACACUGCUAAGAAAACCACUGGCGCCUUGGGUGUUCAUGCUGACAUUCCUCCUGCCUCUCCCCCUGCCUCUUCACGCCGAAUGAAUGCUGCAAGGCAAGUAGCUUCCUUACAAGCCCUUGAAAUCUUGUCCUCUGAGGAUCAUGGACCGGAUGGUGCUAUUUGCAAUGGUUGCCAAAAUGGCAGCACCAUGCUUAGCUGUGAUCACUGCCCCCAGUGGACCUGUUAUGGCAUUUAUGGCGAGAAUGACACCCAGGGCUGCUUGACCAUACGCAGCAGAGAGAUGUUGGAAGCAGCAGUCUCUUUCAUGUGCCCAGCCUGCCACCGCAACAAUGACCGCAACAGGGAUAAAAAGAAGAAGACACGCUAUGUAGGCCUGUAUGGUGCCAAUGGGGGAAUGGAGGAUGCAGUGGUAGAUGUCACCAAAACAACCUUGCACUUCUUCCCCCCCCUUGACAGCAGGGACACUGUUCUCCUGUUGCUUGCUGUUCGUGGUGCUGAGCACAUGAUUGAGCCUGCCACCGCCACUUAUGCAUUGCUCAACUCUUUCUUUGGCCGGGGACAAGGCGCCCUCCACCUGGCAACCAUAUUCUUCGACGUCUCCACGCCAGAGGGAGGCAAUCUUUAUGAUAACCAGCUUGCUGCUGCAGUGGACUUCAUUCAAAAGAAUGCCAGACGUGUUGUAGUGUACUUCAUCACCCAUGCAACACCUGAUGGUGACUUGCAUUUCUCGGGCCCCCGCAUCGUUCAGCAGAACAAAAUCACACAAAGCUUACCUGGGCAUAGUAACUCCCCACGCGCUAUUCUGAACCGUCUUUUCACAGUGGAACUGUUGGAUGCCUUGCGUAUUGUAGGGGAAACUACAUUGUUCCUCAUGGUUUGCGGUGGAUACCUUGGCCAUUUGGAAACCACCGACUGGGUCAACUCUGCUGUGCGCCGUCGCUCAUUCCGUGAAGUGGUUUCUUUUGGAAGCAAACGCCUACAGCCCUUUUGGGUAUCUUCAUUCUGUGCCCGCUUUGUGCAGCGCUUCUACUUGGAAGGAGCAGUCUAUCCUGCAGCUAUGGGUGACAUCUUGGGUGGAGAUGCCAGACUUGGUGCAGCUACUGAUGUUGUGGUCAUCAGACACAAUCCUAUGGAUUACAGCUUCCCUGAAUGA